AUGGCGGUGGUGCCAGUGGCGCAUGCAUGGUCGCUCAGCGACGUGGGCGCGGCGGUCGCCGGCAAGGCCAGGGCCGCCGCCGAGCAGGCCAAAGCGGCGGUGCAGGCUUCUGACCACCAUGGCGCGCGGGAAGCGGCCGAGGCGUUCGCCUCAAUAGUGGGUGGCAGCCACGACGACGCGUCUGGCGGAGCGGAGACGCGUGGCGCCGUUGCGGGCGCUGGGGCGAGCGCGAGCGAGAGCAUCAACGCCGGCAGCUCAGCUAAGAUUCGCACGCUCAGCUGGACGCCACGUGCAAUGGUCUGGAGCAACUUCAUCACGCAAGAAGAGGCGGAUCACGUCUUGGAACUUGGCGCGGCCCGGCUGGUCAGAUCGGACGUCGUCGACACGCAGACGGGGGUGAUCAUCCGCAGCAAGGAGCGCACCAGCAGUGGCGCGUUCCUGCCGGGCCGCAACCUGGACCCUGUCGUGCGCGAGCUGGAGGCACGCAUAGCACGCUGGGUGCAGACCGCCCACUUCGAUAUGUUUUUUGACGAUGUUCACGUGAAGAACGGCGGCCAGCGCAUUGCGACGGUGAUCCUUUACCUAAGCGACGUGGAGGAGGGUGGCGAGACGGUCUUCCCAGACUCCCCAACCAGGCCAAGCGAGGCGGAAGCCGCCUCGUUCAGCGCCUGCGGCAAAAAGGGUCUCGGGGUGCGCCCAAAGAAGGGGGACGCGCUGCUCUUCUUCAGCCUGCGGCCGGACGGCAAGACGCAAGACAAGGCUGCGCUGCAUGCGGGGUGCCCCGUGGUCAAGGGCACCAAAUGGAUCGCAACCAAGUGGAUUCGUGUCGGCCGGUACCACGAUUGGGGGGACCCAGAUGAGACGCCCGAGGACGCCAGAGCCACGGGACGGCAGGCGGCCGCAAGGCAGGGCUCUGACUCAGCGGCGGGGGCCAACGUGCCGGGCGAUGCAGAUGUGAACGCUGCGCGGGACGAGUUGUAG